AUGGCACAGUCGCCAGCUGCCGAGGCGCUCAACCCGCCCGUGAUCGUCUUGCCGGCGCGCGUGGAACAUGUUGAUGGGCGAAGCUUUGAAGUCAACGUUUUUCGCGAUGAUGUCUUGCCGGGUGGCACCAAGCAGCGUGCGCUCGAGGCCAUGGUCUUGGCCAGUGACGCCGCGGAAUUUGCCUAUGCCGGUCCAUAUACGGGCUAUGCACAACUGGCGCUCGCCGUCGUGUGUGCCCAGCUGCAGCGACAGGCCGUCGUUAUCUGCGGGCGUCAGCGUGACAACCAAUUGCAUCCCUUGACGGCUCGUGCCAAAUCGUGGGGCGCCAAGAUUAUUGAGGUGGAUUCGUCCGUUCGCCGUCGAGGCCAGUUUCGUGAGGCCACCUUGCGAGAGAUUCAGAGAGCUGGCGAGCUUUACGAGUCGAGGCGGCGGGGCUCAUGUUGCCUCUUGCCCUUUGGCUUGGGCUGUGAUCCCUUCGUUCUCGGCUUGGUGGAGCAGCUCAAGCUGGCUUUGCCUGAGCGUGUGCUGAGGCACCCACCCCGUCGCUUGUGGACGGUGGCCGGCUCUGCUACGCUACUCAAGGUCUUUUCGCUGCUUUGGCCCAACACACAGUUCCUCAUUGUUCAAGUAGGCAAGAAGGUUUGGCCCGACAUCAUGGGGGUCACGGGGCUGGGUGACAUUGACAAGGGAUUGCAAACUGCUGAGCGCUCGUAUGCCUGUGUCAAGUUUGUGGCGAACGAACACUUUUAUGAGAGGGCUCGCGAACCGCCUCCAUAUCCAUCUGUCUGUACCUACGAUGCCAAGGCCUGGUACUUUAUCCGCCGUCAUGCCGAGCCGGGUGAUUUUGUCUGGAACGUGGCUGGUGAUUGUCAAACGGUGCUGAGUGAGGAGGCACAUAAGGUUUAUGAGGACUGGGUGGCAGGCACUCCUCCAGAGCACGAGUGUGCUGCCGAGCGACCAAGCGAUGCUGCUGUGAAUGACUUUCAGGCUGAUAUCUUACGCUGGUAUGGGGCUGACAAGGCGUAUGAUGAGUGGGAAGUGGAUCAGAAAAAAAAGCAUGGCCAUCAAGGUGGCUCGCGCUGGCAGAAGUGA